AUGAGUGAAGAUAACAGGGAGACAAAGAGUUUCUGGGGCUUUCUCAAGUCCAAAACAAAUAUUAACAAGGGUGACUACAGGGACGACCGCAAUUAUCAUCGGUCACGUGGGAAAGAUGAUUUCUACAGCCCGGACGCACAUCAUGAAUCCAGUAGAAGUGUCGAUGCCAAAGGGAAAGGCCCGGAGAGGCCAGUUGCGCCACCAUCCCCAAUAGCAGGUCGCAGGCGACGAGGGCGAGGACCCCUGCACGACUGGCCGCCUUCGGGAGUGCUGAGCCACGAGGACCUGACCUUAGGCCACGCCCUUGACUUGAUCUCCAGAGGAGCUCCGGUAUGGAACGGUCACAAGCGGCCCAUUCAACAUUUCCCCGAAGAGUACUGUCAUCUGUAUGCCACGACAACCCCUGGCAGCAAUAGGAACAGCAAAAAGAAGGGCAAGGACAACCGACAAGAUGCCAAGGAUAGCGAUGUCGCCAAUCUGCACAACGCGAUGGUGCAACUCAUGACAAUGUGCUUGAUGCCGCCCGGCCCUGCGGCCAAGCCCUGGGACACGGUGGAACAGCGUCCGAGCUACGCCUUUCACUAUGGUGUUCGUCCGGGCACCGUGACACUCAACAGUUGGGUUUCGCGUGCCAGCGUUUUGCCGCCGCCCAUGGCCCUGCGUGACUCGGGCGCCACUCCCCGCGACGCUGAUCUCGAGACGAUAUUGAAGCGGCUCCAGGAGCUCGAACUCUACGGGCUCGAAGAAGAUGACGAGAAGCUCAUGUAUAGAAAUCUGUACCGAAAAUUUUUGCGGGAUCCCGAAAAGGACACUAGACCCCACAGGACGCUGGAUCUACAAAUCACCGACUUGAUAAUGGUGCUUUCACGACCAGCGAAUGGCCCUGGAGGUUGGAUCGACUACUCAGAACCCCGAAACCAGAUUGCAACAAGAUUUCUGUUUGAUACCAGCGAGGAGAAUCACGAGAACUAUGUUCGCUUCUUCCACCAGUUGCUGCUGAGCUGCGAGCUGGACCUUCGGAUCAACGCCCGGAAACAUAUGGAUGCAGCCCGCCAUAAGCUCCUGGUACAGCUACCUCCAUCCAUAAGGUGGAGCAUAGCACUGUCGAGGCGUUGGCUGGAUAACAUGAGGAUAGAGAAGUACGGCGAGACAGCUAAACAAGUCAAAAUCCGGUUUAGGCUCAAGAACAGGCAAAUAAAAAUGCUCAAGCGGUUUGCCCAGAUGUUAAAAUGGCCGAAUCUUGCCGAUACAGUCGAGGAAAUAUACCAAGCCGAUGAUGACGACGCACUCGGCACCAUCAGUUCUCAUGCGAUGGCUUUCUUCAGCGGACUGGUUCUUCCAGGGCCUACGUUUCCAUUCCUGAUGAUGAACUCGCUGGUGGACCUGGACCCCGACAAGGCAACGGAUGACCUCGCUCUUUUAACCCACAUACACCCAGCCUGUGGGUUUCAAUACCGCGGAGGCCAAACUUACUGGUCAUCAGCCUCUAUUGUGGGCAAGGUUCUGGCGCCAACGUGCAUGGAGGUCGGCGGCUGGGUGGGCCCGGCAAUGUCGACAACGGACUUACCCCGUACACAAAUUGCCCGGAUUCGAACUCGGGUACCCAAGCCGACGCCUAAUGGAAGCAAUGCCUCGGUCGCAAAGACGGCCAGCCCAACCGACAAAAGGUUGAUGACGCCUGAGCAGGUCUUGUCCAUGAAAGAACGCUCUGAUCCGCUCGGGCCUCCAUCGGACGUAUAUCCCGUUCGCGACUAUGACCUGCCUCUGCCAAAGGGUGACUCGUUGGGCACCGGCGAGAUCAUCGACAUCGUCCGGCUUGUCAAGCUGACACUUAAGCGGCUCGGUGGGCCUCCGCCUGACAAUAGACCAGUCGGCGUAGCACAGUAUGAUGCAGGAGUACAGUUCGCCAUUGACAGUGUGUCAUGGCCGCUGCGGCUCAGCUUCGACGUUGACUUCAUAUAUGCCCACCCAUGUGAGCCAAACGGCGGGCCCCACCCUUUGUUCUUUGAAUAUGCCUACGUCAGUGUAGCGGUCGACAGGGUGGUCGACGUCCACGACUGGGGCGGUCUGUACGGCGGAGAUCCGGACAGCUCAGCAUCGUCGUUAGGUACUGCCGGAGGCGGGCGGCGGCCGCCAAGACGGCCGCCACCAGUGAAGCGAGAUCCCGACGAGGUGGACAAGGUGCUCGUGGUUGAAGCGUUUGGAGUGCCAGACAAUGAGGUGUUGGCGCGCGCUUGGUGUGCGCAUUGGGGCCUGAGUGCAGUGGUUGCGGACGUGAGGAAGACAUGUAUGGCCUGCGCCAUCCGGACGGCUUAUGCCGCGACAGUGACGGUUGUGAUUUUGGUGGAAAACGCAAGAGCACCCCUGAAUCGCAGCGGGGAAGAGACGCAAGGGUUCCGCCGAUUUGGUCUUCACCGCCUAAAAGUUGCGCCCACCCGCGCAAAACCUGCAGCGCAGGCGACCGACUCCCCCAAGGCCGCCGUAGAGUCGCCGCAGUCGGCUAAGCGCAAGGCCGAAUCUGAGGCGACGCCUGUUGUGACAAAGAAGGCCAAGGCCGAGAAGAACAAGAAGGCCGUCGCUGCCGCUACCACCACCAGCAGCGACAAGCAGGAGGCAGCACACAAGAAGUCGGCGGCAGCGACGACGACGACGCCAACGACAAAUGCAGGCAGCACAAAGGCGGGGAAGAAGGCGGAUAAUGAGGAGGCUGCCGCCGAGGAGGAGAUUGCCCUGGACGACGACGACUCAGAGGAGGAGGAGCGCGAGGAUCAAGCCCUCGUCAGCAAGCUGGGCUUUGAGGUUUCAGACGAUGAUGAGGAGGGCGGCGAUUACGCCGCGGGCACCGACGUCGGCAAGGUGCCCAAGGUGUCUGCCAAGGUCAAGAAGAGCGCCGAGGCUGGAUCCAGUGACGGCCCGCGCGUCAUAUACAUUGGCCACAUCCCGUAUGGUUUCUUUGAGCACGAGAUAAGACAAUACCUCUCUCAGUUCGGCCCAAUAACCAACCUCCGCCUCUCACGCAACAAGAAGACGGGCGCGAGCAAAGGGUACGCCUUUGUCGAGUUCCAGGACGCCAGCACGGCCGCCAUCGUGGCCAAGACAAUGGACGCGUACCUGCUGUUUGGGCGCAUCCUUAAGGUCAAGCUCGUGCCGCGCGAGAGCCAGCAUGACGACCUGUUCAAAGGCGCCAACCGCCGCUUCAAAAAGGUCCCCUGGACCAAGAUGGCCGGCAAGGAGCUCGAGAAGCCCAAGGGUGAGGCUCGGUGGGGCAAGGCCGUCGAGAAGGAGAACAGGAGGCGCUCCGGCAGGCUCGAGAAGCUCAAGGAGCUGAUGGGUUAUGAGUUCGAGGCUCCCGCCGUCAAGCCCGCUGCCGCCGCCCUAGAGGCCAAGAAGACGGCCGAGCUCGAGGCUCCGCCCAAGGAGGACGAUGGCGAGAAGGAGAAGCCCAAGGCCAUCGAGGCCCCGCCCGCCGCUGAGAAGGAGCCCGUCGUGGAGGCGGCCAACAGCCCAGCUGCAAAACCUGCCAAGACGACCAAGGCAAAGAAGGGGAGGAAGGCCAAGUCUUGA